UGGGGGAACCUCAACUGGAUACUAUGCGAGUUAGCCACGGAUUACUGGCGGUUUUCAUAUCGACGGGUUUAUUUUGUCUUCUAAACAAGUGUUUGACGCUUAUUGGGAUUCCAAAAACAGCGCAGAAAUCGACAUGGCGGUGGAAAAACAUAUGCACGUCAUUCGUUCACUCGAUUCUGACGGGCGUUGGUUCAGUUCUCUGUUUCUGGGAGACACCGGAGAUGGCUGAAGACUUGAUAUCUAUUCACACACCUUUCUCCAGAGGCCUUAUCUGUUUCUCAGUUGGUUAUUUUUUAUACGACACCUUGGACAUGUUUCUGUUCAACCGAGGCAGACAGACCUAUGAGCUGAUAGGACAUCAUUGUGUGAUCUUGUGCUGUUUUGGGAUUACCAUAGUAACACACCUGUACGUGGGAUACGCUGUCGUCGCACUCAUUGUGGAGCUGAACAGCAUCUUCCUUCACCUACGACAGUUGUUCCAGAUAUUGGAGAUAUCACGGGGCUCUGCUCUGUACAGGCUUAACAGCCUUAUUAACUUAGCCACAUAUAUUUGUUUCCGCAUCGUGACCCUGUGCUGGAUGACGCGCUGGCUCGUCAUCAACCGUGAUGGCAUUCCUCUACUGUUCUACUCCUUCGGCAGUGUCGGCAUGGCAAUAGUCAUACUGAUGAACAUCGUACUCUUCUAUCGCCUUAUCCACAGUGAUUUUUUAAGGAAGCGUGACUCUGCCACAAAAGUCGAAUGAUAAUCAAGGCAUCCAUGGUAACAAACAAUCAUACUGGUUGAGAAUGGCAGCCAUGAUGCCUGGAUUAUCUCCCCUCUUGACCAUUGGGAACAAUAAAAAAUAUCUUAAUUAUGUCCAUAUUAUUUAUGGCUGACUGAAUGGUGUAGAGUUUAUUUUCAACUAUUUUCAUAUUUGUCUAAUAUAUUUUUUCUUCGUAUUCACACUUCAGAGCAGCAUGCAGCAGAAAAUUCAUAAGAAAUCUGCAAUGUAAUAUUAUGUUAAAACUUUCAAAGAGCUUUGACAUCAGGUUUUCUUUUAUAAUUUUUUGAUAAAGUUUCUUAUCCAAAUGAUCAAAAAAUGAAUAAUAAAAACGGAAAUACCUCUAUCCUGAUGUGUGCUUUGUGAAGAAUUAACGCAGGAAAAUUGUGCCAAUAACUCCGCUCAUUAUGGGUUCUUGCCAACUGUUUUUCUCAGGUACAUGUCUUGCGUCCUCCCAGAUCCUUUGUCAAUCAACAUGGCUUCCCGUCUGUUUCUAAAAAACGGUAUACUUUGAUACUUUGGGAAUUUUUUCAAUCACUUUUUUAGAUUCCUGUUGUAACUGCAUGAUGUACUUCUGUUGACAUGUAAUUACAUGUGUGUUGACAUGUUCUUAUAUUGACAUGAUGUACUUUUGUCAACAUGAUGUACUUCUGUCAACAUGAUGUACUUCUGUUGACAUGUACUUACAUGUGUGUUGACAUGUACUUAUGUUGACAUGAUGUACUUAUAUUGACAAGUUCUUCUAAGGUUUUCAGUGUAAAUUUUCACGAAUGUAACAUGUUCAUUUCUGCAUAAAUCCACAUUUUUCAGCGUUCUCCACAAUCCUAGAAUAUUCAAAACAGUUGAACUAUAUGUGAUAGCCAGCCAGUCAUAUGAGAUUUUAAUAUACAUGUAACUAUGAAAUGUGGCUAAUUAAAAGACAUCUGAGAUGCUUUGAUCCUGUAUUCAGUGUACGGGGAUUACUUUUUCCCACAGUAUUAAAAGACAUCUGAGAUGCUUUGAUCCUGUAUUCAGUGUACGGGGAUUACUUUUUCCCACAGUUGUGAUUAUUACUGGGUGUGUAUAUUUGUUUGUAUUUCUAUGUAAAUACACUAUAUUAAGAAGUUGUUAUACUGUAGCAGGGUUAUGCAUUCUCUGGUAAAUAGAGUACAGUACAGGUAAUUCUACUCCUGAGUCUUCAGAGUUUAGAAGGAAAGAGUAUAGCCAUAUUUACAUGCCUUUAUUUACAUGACAAUCUUGGGUGUCAAAAUGUUUGAUAUUUUGAGCUCUUCAGAAUGAUCACCUUGACAAAAAUUAAGGUCAUCCAAAAUAAUUGAAGGUGUGAAAUGUGUUAAAUUCUAUGAAUAUCCUCAUAAAACAAGAAGGAAGUGGAUAAAAUGCAGGAAACUGUCAUAUGUGUCUGAAAUAGUAUGAAUAUUUACAUGAUAAAAUUUUAUCUUGGUGAUGCCACUGGGCUCAAUUUAAUUUUUUAUUUCGGGAUUUAAAAAUGAGUGAAUGACCAAACAUUUUGACCCCUGCCUAUA